UCAUGUGGGACACGGGCGGAUCGCCCUGAUCGCCUUUGGAGAGACACUGCUAUAGGCAAACCAGGGAAAAAAAAGGAAUAAUCUGGAUUUCUCCAAAACAGCAUGCCGAUUGCGCCCUAUCGCCAACAUGUACGUGAGCUAUCUUUUGGAUAAAGACAUGAGCAUGUACUCAGGGUCCGUCCGACAUUCUGGCAUCAACCUGGGCGCACAGAAUUUUGUCAACCCGCCACAGUACCCGGACUAUGCCGGCUAUCAUGUCCCCGGGGUCAAUUUGGACAAUCACCCGCAAUCUUCCGGAUCCUGGCCUUCUCCCUAUGGCCCUACCCGUGAGGACUGGGGUGCUUACGCUGCGCCUGCGAACACGGUCCAUGCCCUCAACACUUCGCCAGGGACUCUGUCUUACAGUCCUGCAGAUUAUAAUUCGGUUCAGACCUCGGGAGCUGCCUCCAUGCAGCCUUUAAACAAUAACCUUCUGGAACAACCUUCUCCCAACAGCCAAAGACGCAAUCCUUACCAAUGGAUGAGGAAACCAAAUCAACAGCUAUCAGCUACUGAUAAAACAAGAACAAAGGACAAAUAUCGGGUGGUGUACACGGAUCACCAGAGACUGGAGCUCGAGAAGGAGUUUCAUUACAGUCGCUACAUCACGAUUCGGCGCAAAGCAGAACUGGCAGCUAACCUGGGGCUUUCUGAGAGGCAGGUAAAAAUCUGGUUUCAGAAUAGAAGAGCAAAAGAGCGGAAACUGACGAAAAAGAAGUUGCAACAGCAGUCCCAGCAGGGGUCGUCCCAGCUGAGCCCAGCUCAUCCCGGGACAGCCGCUUCUCUUUCGGUUACUAACGGCGGAAUACUGGCUGCCAACGGCGGUGUUUUAUCUGGAACAGUGUCUCAGUGACCAUUCUUCAGAUUUUAAGAGAGAGUGAGAGAGAGAGAGGGGGGGGUUGGGUGGGGUGGGGAGAAAGUGAGAACCCGCACCUCCAUGUACCAGGAGCUCCAGAGUUAUCAGUGCCCAAAAAGAGCCUUUACAGCACUCCAGGGAUACAUUAUGGAAGCAUUGGACUUUUUAUAUCUGGCAUUGUUUGGACAUUUCGUUGCAGACUUGAAUAAGCAGCUAUGAGAUCUGAUCGUUAAAGAGCACUGAGGAUCUGCCACGGGCAUAACGAAAAUGUGAACCGACUGUAACUUGGAUUUUCUGUUCUGUUUUCCGGUUAUAAAACAUUGACAUGUUCUGUUUAAUAUAGUUGUCAACUGGGUUGUUGAGUAUCAGAAAUACAAUCAGUUGCAUUUCGACAUUUCAAAUGUGAACCUAGUCCCUCUUCAGAAAUGCUCCUGAGUUGGAUUGUACUUAUUUUAAUUACUUCUGUCAGCUUUGGAUGUAUAUAAAUUGGUAUUUCCUCUUUAAAGAUACUUUUGUAAAUCUAAUACGCUAGUUGUAAACAAAUCAGUUUAUUACAUUGUAGAUUUGAAAGUUUGAAUUCUGAAUCAGAGAUUUGAUUUUAUUUACCAGAUGUUGAUUGUAAUUUUGCAGUACACUUUUAUUCCGCGUGGGGAGGGGAGGCGAGGGUGACUCAUUGUUGUUGCUCUGGGGCAUUGAAGGUAGUAAAUCAUCCAUUUUGGUUGCAUUUGGAAAGAGAGGAAAGCACUUUCACAGAAGUUAAUGGAUUGGUUUUACAAUAGCCAGAUCACCGACAAUUGCUUAACGAUCUGCUAAUGCUUUAUAUGUGUACUGCACAAGGACAUCCAUAAUGUUGAACCAUUUUGAAAACUGCAGUUAUAAUGCCCUGGCACUUAGUGUAUGUAGAAUGUGGGCGCCUUCCUACAAACUACCAUACGAAUUGGUAGCAUUACACUCCAAUCUCAAUUUUCACUAAACGCAAAAGGUUACGAUGGCAGUACUUUUGUCCACAACAUGCGAAAAUGCGAUUAACUUGUGUUUCUUUUAUUUUUGUUCAGUUAUAAUUUAAUAAUACGCAUUUAGGCAAGAUUUAAUUUAAUAUAAACUGACUCUUUAACCUUGAAACCAAUUGAGAUGAGAGGGUCCGCUGAUUGUUUGCAAGAGUAGAAUAGGUCACAUUAUCACUUUGUUCAGUGUACUGGAAAACGUACUUUGAUACUUCCUACAUACUAUGGAAUAAAUACAGCUAGAUAAUUGA